AUGUCUGCCGCUGUCGUUACCGACCAGCCAGAGCCUCAGGCGCGUCCUCUCUUUGGCCGGUCGUCGACGGAAUCGUCGUUGAGGCUCGCUAGAACAGCAUCGAAAUCAACGGCUCAGUCGGCGAAACUUGGAAUUUUCGGUCGGCAGCGGAAUCAAUCCGAUGCCUCGUCGCGAAAAAUGUUGAUAUCCGCUCCGACCGAUUUUCGACAUUUGACGUCAGGGUCUCAGCACGCCUUUCCAGUCAUGCCUCUGAGCAUGCAUGCUUCAGAGGUACUUCACGCGCCACCAACGCGAGAGUUUCUACGAAUACCUGGUCAAUCAGCGCCGGCGCAUGACUGGGAACCGGAAUUACGACGCGAGGGCCUUCAAGCCUUUGAGCCCUCGGAGCUUAGAAGAUUCAGAACACAGCAUCGCCUUUCGCCCCUGCUGCCCCCAUUUGAGCUGCCAUGUAUAUCGCCAACUCCCCCGCCUGCAUAUGCCAGAGAGGAAGCCGAACGCAGCUCGGAGUUGCACCCGCAAAGGAGCAUGCCGUCGCUGUCUUGCGUCUCGACAAGGGCCACACCGGAGAGUUUCUCUCAUUCCUCGGGUGUGGGCGAUUGGAACUCCAGCCCUAAAUCGUUGACAGACACACACAAGAACAGCUCAAUACAGAUGGUGCGGUCAGGGUCAUAUACCGCACCUGCUGUCGAGGCCAUAAGGGCUAGGGUGGUCACUGCGAUGCAGGAAGUGGAGAGACUACAGAAGAAGAUUGACGAUGUCGUGGAGAGACAGAGCCUGUACAACCCCAGUCGGCCGUCGAGUGCGCACUCUUUCCACUCACUCUCUCGUACUUUGACUGAUCUAGAACCCAUGCCAUCAAUCCCGGCGCUGCCUCCAUCAGCCCCGUCGUUUGCGGAGCGACUCCACGGUGAGGAUGGACUAUCUACAGGGCCAGCCGAUUCAUCGACACGGUCCAACAUCAACGAUGGGCUGGGCACAAAGUGCACUGGAAUCCAGCGGCAAGCAUGUCCACCACCACUCGCCUGUGAUAAAACCACCAAUCCCAUGCCGCCGCCACUACCGCUAGUUCUACGGCCGCCCUUGAGAAAGAAGAAGCCAUUCUCUGGGAGAUUUUCUGGCUUUGUGUUUUCGGAGCCUCCGCGAGAGAGCAGUCUGGCUUGUGUUACCAAAAUCAAGGACAUUGAUGGUUUCUAUUCGUGCGUGCCCGACAACGAAGCCCAUCACAGCUACGAGUCCCUGCACUCAAUGUCCACUAGUAAUUGCGGCGACAAUAGCGAGACAGGAAGUCAGCCCUCGCUAUAUUACACGCCAUCGCCGCACGAAUUGCCCACACCAGUGGAGCGAUGCGUUACGUUUGGCCAAGAGGCAAAGGGGCUACCAUUUAGCGUCGGGAUCGCCCUUUAG